GACGUAUUAGCGAACAGCUGUGAGUGACCACGUGCGUCUCGACUCGUUACCUGUGGUUGGAAAAUUCGUCAAUUUCGUCAAGAUUUGAUAAUUUCAUUACGAAAUGGGGGUCCAUGAUAACAUGGAUUCAAAAUACAGUGUUAUGGGGACUUCGAGCUUUUCUAAACUCGCACCAAAACGACCAACUACCGUUGUGUUUGGUGAUACUAACGCGAAAAAGUGUAAAAAUGAAGACAGUCAGGAAGGUACCUCGUCAAAGGUAAAGGAGGACUCCACCACGACUUCGCAACAAGCGUCAUUAACGUUGUCAACAAACCUACAGCAGAUCAACAGUCUUCAACAACAACGAAAAUCCCUGCCUGUUUACAGGCUUAGGAAGAGACUGUUGCUAGAAAUCAAGAAGAACAGCUCGUUGAUCAUAAUAGGAGAAACGGGAAGCGGGAAAACGACGCAAAUACCACAACUACUGUUGUCGUCCGGUUUAGCUGGUGGUUCGGGUCGGAUUGGAAUAACGCAGCCCCGACGAGUGGCUGCGGUUAGCGUGGCGCGUCGAGUGGCACAGGAACAGGGAGUUGCAGCCGGGAAAUUGGUUGGAUACAGCGUGAGAUUUGAGGACGUAACAUCGGCCCAAACGAGGAUAAAAUUCCUGACCGACGGUAUGAUGGUGCGCGAAGCAAUGACGGACGAAACUCUUUCGGAUUACUCAAUAGUGAUAUUGGACGAGGCUCACGAGCGAUCGGUGCAAACCGACGUCCUUUUCGGGGUUGCGAGACGGGCUCAGAAGUUACGAAAAUUGAAGUCCUUGCCGCCCCUAAGGCUGAUCGUCAUGUCGGCAACGAUGGACGUCGACAAGUUCACAAAAUACUUUCAGGCACCCGUUGUGUAUUUGGAGGGACGUCAGCAUCCGGUGAAAAUUCAUCAUUCGGUGAAACCGCAGGAUGACUACGUUUUCUCAGCUCUGGUUACCAUCUUUCAUAUUCAUCGCGAAACCCCCGCAAACGAGGACAUCCUCGCCUUUCUGACCGGACAGGAGGAAAUCGAGGCAGCGUCAACGGUCGCGAGACAAACCGCCAAACAAUUGGAAGGCAAAGGCUACCCCUCUUUGAAAGUAUUUCCUUUGUACUCGGCCCUGCCGACUCAUCAACAAUUAGAGGCUUUCAAAGCCUCCCCACCUGGAAUGCGGAAGCUAGUUUUAUCGACCAACGUUGCGGAGACUUCCGUAACAAUCGGAGGAAUCCGGCACGUUGUCGACACGGGGGUGGUCAAAGCGCGGACCCAUCAUUCAGCGACAGGAUUGGACGUCCUGCGGGUGGAGAAAGUGGCGAAAGCUCAAGCCUGGCAGAGAACAGGACGAGCAGGUCGAGAGGCGCCUGGCAAAUGUUACCGAACCUACACUAAAGGUGAUUUCGAUAAGAUGAGCGAGAUGCCUAUACCAGAAAUCCAGCGUUGUUCGCUCGCUGGUAUCGCCCUCCAACUACUCGCCAUCGGUAUCGACAUAACUACCUUUGAUUUCAUGGACAAACCGCCCAAGGAAGCCAUCGACGUAGCCGUUUCUUGCCUUGAAAGAUUGGAAGCCGUCAAAGGCUCCCCGCCCCAGCUAACCACCCUGGGAAGAACGAUGUCGCUGUUCCCGUUGGAUCCACGCUUUACAAAGGUUAUUCUGGCCUCCGCCGAGCACCAGUGUCUCGAUGAAGCGCUCACAGUGGUGGCCUUGCUCUCUGGAGAGUCGGUCUUCGUCGAGCCUUCGAAUAAACGGGAGAAAGCCGCGGCUGCAAAAGCCAGGUUCGCCUCGCCGGAAGGGGAUCAUGUGGUGCUGCUCAACGUCUUCAAAGGGUACGCUAACGCCAGCCAGAAGAAAUUGUGGUGUCACGACAACUUUUUGCAUCACAGAAACCUCGAGUACGCGACUGAAGUCCGCAAACAGUUGGUCUCACUCGCUGCGAGAGCAAAUUUGGAAAAAUCGAGCUGCGGAUCCUCGACCGAGUACUUGAGGAAGGCGCUGCUUGAAGGGCUCUUCGAUAAUCUCGCCGAAUUGCAAAGGGAUCAGACUUACGUUACGGUUUCCACAAGACAACCAGUCGCUAUUCAUCCUUCCUCGGUACUGCACGGCUCUAAACCGGGGUUGGUGCUUUUCACGGAAGUCGUGGCAACCGGAAGAUGCUUUUUACGCAACGUGUCAACCAUAGAGUCGUCGUGGUUAGAUGGGAAGGGAAUAACCGUAGGAAAGCACAGCUAAGAUUGAUCGAUCACCGUGUUAUAUAUUACACGCAAAAUAAUUUGUUAUUGUUAUAUAUUGUACAUGGUCUUUUAAGAUAGAAAUUACAUAUCUACAAUAUAUUAUACACGUAAUUAAGUAAUACUUUGAUUUUUUUACGUUGUCGCAUUAUCGGAAUAAUAAUAAAAAAAAAAAAGAUUUUUUGUACUCUCGAACACUUUCAAAUACUCGUCAAUUUCACGGACCAGUGUAUAUACAUGGAACCAUAUUAUAAGAAAUAAUUAUCCCUAUUAUAUAUAUGUCGUCAAUAAAUCUUCCGUUGAUUUAUGGAAUAAAUUUCGAACGCUUUGA